UCUGCCCUCGGCUGGAGCUAUCUGAUGAUGGAUCUGUUCCGUAGAGGAGAGCUGGGGCUGCUGGGAGGAGGAGAGAGGCUGAGGGACGACGGGGGCGGUCCCGGGAUCAGCUGGCCGGCCAAUCGGCUGCCGGAGGACAUGUACCCGGCGUCCGGCUUGGCCCUGGCCGCCGCCUACCACGACAUCAAGACCCGGCUGGCGAGCCUGGAGCGGGAGAACAGCAGCAUCAAGAGGAAGCUCAAACACUACGAGUUCCCGAUGGUCGGUGUGUUUGGGGAGGAGACGAUCCUGUGCUGCUCCUGUGAGCCAAUCAUGAAGGACACCAGUGUGAUCCAAUCAGAGACCACCAACCUGCAGCAGAGGGUCAACUCUCUGACCCAGGAGCUCCAGAAGAGCAAGGAGAGAGAGGAGAGGUUAGAGGAAGUCGUCCAGGCCUACGAGAAGAUUCACUUGGAGAAAAGCAAUGUCCAGAGAGACCUGGACAAGAUGACGUCCCUGGCGGAGCAGCACGUGCAGCAGAUCUGCAGCCUGGAGUCGGCCCUCCGGCAGCGAGAGGCCUCGGUCCAGAAGGUCGGCGCUCAGCUCCGCCGGGACACGCUGCAGCUGCACGCCAGCCUGGACGUGCCCAGAGAGGGCCGCGGGCCGACCCUGCGGAGCUCCCGCAGUCUGGACGCCGUGUCCGACCUGAAGCUGCAGCGGCUGGAGGCGGAGCUUGAGGGCGCCCGCCGCCAGGCCGAGGCGGCCCGCCAGAGGGAGGCGGAGCUGAGGGCCGAAGUCCAGAGGCUGCAGCAGGAAGUGGCCCAGAAACAGAGAAAGGACGCGUCCCAACACUGUGAGCACUGCGACGUGGAGUGGAUAAAGAAAGCUGGCGACGAGCAGGUGAACCUAGCGUUAGCCUACACCGAGCUAACGGAGGAGCCUGAGCUACCGACCGCUAGCGCCGAUGCUCUCUCGUUCUCUCGUCCUCCCCCAGCCUCCCGCCCGGCCCCUGCUCCUGAGUGUCUUUCCCCCACCUCCCCCCAGCGCCCCUCCCUCGACAGGCUCCUCCCCACCCGCUCCCCUCCCCUCUCCCCGAGCGGCGACCCCGCCUCCUACUCCCACCAGCCAACCUGCAGCCGCCUGCGGGCGAAGUUCCAGGGGCGCCGCAGUUACUCUGAGGUGUCUGACCCUUCCAGCAUCCACAGGCCCCCAGCCUGGCAGAUGAGGGAUCCAGUGUCCACGCUCCCAAAGCCCAGACCCGUCCUGGGGGAGAAGCAGGGUUACCAACUCAAAGCCCAGCUCCGCACCUCCUUGGGGGGGCUGGUCAGACCGGCCUCGGCUCGAGGGGCCGGAGGGGAGAGAGGAGGAGGAGGUGGGGGUGGAGAGAGGGUUGGGGGCAGCAGUCUGAGCAGCAGUCCACAUCACUGUGCUCUGGACCUUGGCUUCCCUCGGGCUUCUGAGGGUCAUCACUUCCGUCACCUUGACAACCAACAGGAGCCCAGCCCGCUGGUGACGCCGCCGCAGUCCUCUGAUGAAGAAGAGGACGCGAGUACGUACCUGUCGCCGGUCGCCAGCCCGCUGCGGGCGCACGGCCCCGUCGGCUCGCCGUCGCCUAGGAAACCGCCCCCCCAGCGCCCCUCCUUCUCGCCCCCCGAGGGCCCGGCCACGCUCUCCUGCCACCUGCCGGCCUACAUGACCACGGAGCACGCUCAGUCGUGGCCGUCCAUCAACUUGUGGAUGGAGUCAGAGGAGAGCGCCGCCCGGAGCUGCCCUCUGUGUCAGCUGACCUUCCCGACCGGUUACCCUGACGACGCCCUCAUCAAACACAUCGACUCCCACUUGGAGAACAGCAAGAUAUGAUUUGUAUUCUAUAUAUUUUCUAAAUCAAGACUUUUUAAACCCGUGAGGGCGUGAUGGUUUCUACCCCGGAGCGGUUCGAUGAGCCCGCAUGCUUCCUCUUCCCGUGGAACCGUCUCCUGGGAGCCAGGGGGACACAUGCCUUGCUCAAAGGGGGCACUUCCCUCCCGAUGUGGCAUCCAACCAGCAACCUUCAGUUUAACAGAUUUGUUUUUCUACCCUCCGGGCUCCAAGACUUCAUUUGAUCGACAAGUUAUGGAUCUGUUUACUGAUGUUCUCCCAAAGCCCCUCAUCCACGGUUCUACGACACCUGGACAUGGACCGGUGUGACCAGGUGGAAGGAACACACCUGUGUCUCAUGGAUACACACACACACACACACACACACACCAGGAGACACGGGCAAAGUGAGGAGCACCUGGCGUUGGCUUGUGGAGAAUCCAAACUAUUAAAAACAUUUCUGGAUCUGCAAUAAAAUGGCAAAAAUGU